AUGGCUUCCGAAAAAGCGGAAGCCGAAGCCGAAGCAGAAUCAGAACAGAAUGAAGAAGUUGGUGUUCAUUUCAAUGAGGUGCAAAGCCCGAAAGGCAAUGCUGAUAACAACAUUGGUGGCUGGAGUUUCAUACAAGAUCUUUCUAACCCGAAAAAAGAUUACGUCGAAAAAGAAUUGUAUAUUCACCCUUUGGUGAAGCGCUCGUCGAACACCCUUAGCACCAAAAGCUUGGAGAUGUGUACCGAGAGCUUAGGGAGCGAAACGGGCAGUGGCACUAACGAGGCUAGCAUUGAGGAACACUCGUUUUUCUUAUCAGAAACUGAGAAUUUUUCUCAUCUAGCUCGACGAUCAAAAGAAAUCGUGAAAAAACAUAACCGGAUUGCUACUUUUCCUCCUCCUCUGACUUCAAUUAGUCGAACAAAUGGUGUUCAAGUGAGGCCUCAUCGCGAAGGUGGUCGUUUAAUCUUGAAAGCCACAAUCAUAAGUGCCCGAAAGUCUUACUUCAAAACAAAACGCGUCAACGGGAGGCUUAGGCUUUCUUUGUUGAAUAAUACUGAAAUUGAAACUGAAACUGAAGCUGAAGCACAAGACAAUGAACAUGAAAAUGUUGAUGAAAGUGAUGAUGGUAGUAGAAACUUAGUAAGUGAAAAUGGGGUUGGAGAGUAUAUAAGACCAAGCAAGUGUAAGGAAAAUGGGAGUAGGAUCAAAGGGAUUCCAAACUGGGAGCCUUUUUGGGCGGCCAUUUCCUAA